CGAUCGUGGCUCGCCAGCGAGUGGUCAGCUUGGCUUAAUUGGGCCAAAGUUGUACAGGGGCCCUCGACAUAUAAUACGAAGGCGCGUAGAAAGGCGUGGGCUAGUACAAGAGCGCCCCACACAUAUCGCUGCUUGUGGUAAAUUGCCCUGAACCAUCGCUGCAGUGCACCUCCUUCGCCUGCAAGCCCAGGAUGUCGACUUCUCGUCCAAAGCGUACCUCAGUCCACUGUCGUACAGCGAGCCCGACAGGCUUUGCAGUCCGAGGACGCUGUUCACCCUGGCUAUCCACGGCCGGACUUGACUUUUUCUCCUCGCCGUCAGGAUGGAUGACCCGCGAACACCGCACUGGUGCGCUGCAGCAAGAGCUCGGACAUGCCUAGAUGAUAGUGGGACGUCUCAUGUUGAGGGGCCGGUCCCGGCGUGGUGAAGCUCAGUUGUAUAUUCCGAAGUCUACCGGGCAAAAUUUGGCGUCCUUGCUGACGUCGUCGAGGGACCUGGUUUUGACAUUCGCCGCGCGUGGAGUAUCCUACGUUCCGCUAUGGUUGAACGUGGAGACGCCAGCGAUCAUGAUGGAUCGGACCAUCCUCCGCAUAAUGUACCGGGGAUUUUUCUACGAGGCACUCAACAACACUCCUGCCGUUGACGAAGGUAGAGAGGAUAGAGGCGAGGAUGUCACCGUAUCCAAUGAAUUGGACACGUUAGAAUGUCGAGGAACACAGAACAGCAUUGCUGAUAGAUACACCACUUCAGAUACUACACAGCGCCUUGUCAGAUCCUCGCGACGUCACACCGGAUUUCACCCUCCCCUUCUACUCCUCGACGACUUCCUCGCGUUCCACAUGCCCGUCUUUGGACGACACCUCCGAAGCAACAUCGUCCAAACCAACCAGCCCGCCCAGUCCAACCAGCCCUGGCAUGACGUCGUCCUGCUCGAGGUCGAGCGAGGCGUAGGUGCUGAUGGCGGCACCCCAGUCGUAGUCGUCGCAUUGACCAUCGUCGUAGUGCGGCGACACUGGCCGAUCGCUACGCGGAGCCAUGGCACGUCCCCAUCUGGUCAGUCGACUGAUGCCCCACGCCCACGCUCCCGCCCAUGCUGGGUCUUCGGUGGGAUUCUGCCUGAACGGCUCGAGAGGGCGGGUGUCGGCGCGGGCUCCUAUGCCCAAUCCAACGCGGGCGGUGCUGAUCCACACUGGAUUCAAGAUGGUUCCCGGGUGGAAGGCCGGUUGGUACUGGGCGGCGACCAGGCGUUGCCUACUCUCGAUGAGGCGCUGCCUACUCUCGACCAGGUGCUGCCUACUAUCGACCAGGUGCUGCCUGCCGACAGGAGGAACGUUCUGUGGCAGAGCCAGAGCCCGCAUCUGAGGCCCCAGAAGGUACAUUGGGAUGGCCCGCCCCCUGGGACGGUGCACCCGGGCGUGGACGCAACACCCCUGUGUGACGAGGAGGGGCACCUAAGCGUGGAGAAGGGGGCCUCGCGGGUCGAGCGGGAAGUGAUGCACCCGGGUAUAGUGUGAAUGAUACGCCCGGGCGUGGAGGCGACAUACCCCGGUGACGUGGAGGGGGGCCCACUGACGGGUAUAGACGCAGUGG